AUGAGAUUUCAUUGGUGGAUUACUGAGCACCGUGGUUGGGGGUGGGGUGCGGUGGGGGUCUCAAAGGUUGGAUCGGGAGAAGAGGAAGCCGGAAAGGGAGAAGGGAGAUCCGGGGUUCCCUAAAAGGAACUUUGAAGGAGAACGGUGGCUCGUGCCAAAGGGGGGGGGCUGCCACUGGUAGACUUUCUUCCUUGAAAUUAAAUAAAAGCAAAGGCCAGACUCUGCAGGGAUCAGCAGGAAGAAGGAAAUGAGUGUGUGUACGAGAGAGAGAGAGAAAGAGAGAGAGAGAGAGAAGGGAGCUGGGGAGCUUUUGAUUCCCAAGGGUCCUGGUGAAGGGAGGCACGGGAAAGCUCCCUAGUGAGAGGCAAUGCGAUGGAAAAGGCUGGAGAAAAACCCAAGCAAGAGGCUCCAGCAGAUGAUGACAUCUUUUUUAAAACUUCGUAGAGAUCUUUUUAAAUCAGAGGAAAGGUCUCCUCCCCGAAGGCGGGGAGAAGAGAGGGUGGGGGAGGAGAAGGAAAGGCAUGUGGACAGGCUGGAGGGAGAAAGAGGGCUGGGAAAUGCUUUCGGGUCCGCUCGGUGGUGGCUGAUGGCAAACUCGUCCUUCUCUACUACCCCGCGUGCUCCUCUCCCGAUGCCUUAAGCGGGAGGCUGGCGAGAGCAGGCCAAACAGCAUUGCGGAUCCCUUAAAAAAGAUCGAUUGGGGAGGGGAGGAGGGAGUCUGCUGUGCUACAGCUAGGUUUGGAAAGACUUUAGAGUUCUCCCUCAUCACCCCAACCCCGAAGGGAGAGCGGCUAAACUUUAACUUCAGCCGCGUGAAGGAACCGGCUCAGAAUGGGCGACUCUUGACGUCGGAUUUCAGAGGGGCGCACAAAGCUAGGCACCUGCAGAUAAAGUAUCCCCCCAAAUCUCCCUGUACCUGUGGAUGAAGGAUUCUGUUCUAGUCAGAUCUCAGCCCUGCCCCCUUAGUCUCUCAGCCACCUGCCUCCCGCUCAAGUGGCGGGCGGGAAGAGGAGUCUGCGAGCAAGGAUGAUGGCUUCUCCAGGUUGAAGAGCGAAGCUGAACUUCGCUUUGGAAUUUUGCGCACGGUGUGAGCAUCUGGUUGGCAUUUAAAGGCGCAGGAGAGACGUGAAUAAUAAGUUAGAGAGGCGGAACGUGGAGGUGGGUGGCGUGUGAGGAUGAGCAGAAUAAUAUGCUUAGGCUAUUUAAAAAAAACAAAACAUAACAGAGUAAAAAAACCCCCACCACUAUAUAUUUACCUCUCUCCUCUCUCUUCACGCUCAAAGCAGGGGUAUAUUAUGUAAGGCUUAUCGCCAGAUGUUUUCCUGCUAGCUGCAUAACCAAGGCUCUGAAAUUAAAAGCUUUCAGGUUACUGAACACAGCGCUCAGAUCUCCGUUAAUAUGGGGCGAUGCGCAGGAGGGAAGUGACGGGCAGCCCUAAGAACAGAAGGGGGGGGCACCCAUUCUGGAGGCUGACGCGUAGGUGUUGUGUUGUCCUACCUUUUUGCGGAUAAAACUUUUAGGAAGCCUCUCCUCCGCCUCCCCCACCCCGCGUGUCUACAUCUAUAUAAAUCAACACAGGCUAAAAUCCCAAGAGCCGAGUGGAACCCCAAGCUCACGCUGCUUAUAAAUUGGACUGUACAGUCCGCAGGCUCCCGAGCUCGCCCACUGGCUGAAGCUGAGCAGGUCUGCGUCUGGUCAGCGCCCGGUUGGGCAGCCCCCUGGGCACCGCAGCCACGCAGCCUUGGCUCUCGAAAAAGCAGAACAUAAUAUAUUUGCAAGCAAACGAACAAGAAAUGUGGUUGCCCUCUGCCACAGGGCUUCAUAACCGGAAAAAAUCUAAUUGAUCCCCACAACCCCUGAGCAAGGGAAGAGGAGAAGGUUCCCAUCGCAGGCGCUCCUCUCUGCCUUGGGAAUAAGGACUCUUUAGCUGCCCGUGGUGUCACAGAGGACUUGCCCUUGGUGAAUAUAAGGCACAAGGGAGCGGGAAGCUCUCCUGCGAAGCCGUGGCCUGGCCCGCAGAAACGCUUCCAGGAAGGCCUCGGGCAUGUCCUCUGCCCCACACAUCCCUCCUUCAAGGCAAGUACAGGACAGCAGCUAGGAUGGUCUGGCCUUGUCAUUUCUAUUGAGUGGAGCUCAGCUGAGCAAACUUCCAGAGCUCAGUCGCGCGAGUUCCUCUUUAGCUCUCCUGUUGUAACAGCAGGGCUACGAGCGAGCGGCUUCCUGCCCUUUCAAUGCAUGCUAGUUCAGGGUGAACACAAAAAACUGCUUUUUAUCGUUGCAGGCCAGUGGUCCACUUAAGCCAGUGUUGUCCACACGGACGGGCAGCAACUCUCCAGGUCUUCAGGCAGCCGACUUCCGCAGCUCUGCCUGGAGAGGCCGGGGAUUGAACCCGGCACCUUCUGCGCGCAAAACUGAUGCUCCUGACCCUUCCCCAGCCCGCAUCUCUAGCUGUGUGAAUCUGGGACAGGCUUGCGCACUUGUUGCAGGAGAAAAAAAAGGCCAGUUCGGGGUGUGUGGCUCCGUCAAGAAGCAGUCAGUGGGCACGACCCCUUUUUGAAUAGGCUUAAAUCACCCCGCGGUUUAGGAAACUGGGAAGUAUAUGUGCAUGGAAAGUUGAGGGACGAGCGUGGAUGAAGUAGCCUUCGGAGUAGAAAGCCUUUCUGGGUUCACCUUCACGCCACUGGCACGGCCUUUCCUUCCCAUGUGCUGGUAAUGGGGAUGAUGGUUUAUUUGUCCUCCACCCCCAACAGGUGCCAUAUUUGAAGGCAACUCGGCCAAGGACGACGAGAUCUUCAAGCAGGCGGUGGCGGACUUGAGCCUCAACGAUGACAUCUUGCAGAGCGAGAAAAUCACGUACACGAUCAAACUCAUAGAAGCCAACAACCCCUUCCACGCCGUCCAGGAAGGUAAGGGCGACCGCGAAGGAGAAGAGAAGAGGGGCUCGCGACGCGUUGGCCUCCAGUGCGCCCCUGGAACUUGGAGAGGGCGCGGGAGAUCCACUCAGGCUGGGUUGCUCUCUCCCUAGAGGCGCUAUAGACGGCGGGGGCAGCAGGAGGAGAUCUGGGCAGUUGUCGAUCUCUUGCCCCGCCUUGCCUUUAGCUGUUGCUAUGCCCGGAGAGCUUUUGCCUUUCUCGCCGAUCUCUCCUUUUGCGCGCGGAAUUCAUGGAGGGCGCUUUGCCUAGCCAAGCCUGCGGUUCCCACGCGCCCGCCCCCCUUCUCUCUCUGUCUCUGGGAGGGGCUUCGACCCCCACCCGAGGGUAGGAGGGGGGAAGGGAGCAGGCAGCUGCCUGGCAGGGCCUGUGGCACAAAGCGGACGUUGUUUGCCGGCCGAGGUUGUGUGUGCGCGCGUGUGGUUUCUUUGCUGCGCGGCCUGGCUGAAAACUUUCCUUUCGGCCAAAGGUUGGCGCUGUUUGCCAAGGAAAAAAGCAAGCGGGGAGCGAAUGAAAGCUGCAGGAGGUGUUUUGGGCGCCUUGGAGAGGCGAGCAUCCUCCGGCCUCGCUUGAAGCGCUGGCUGGAGGAGUUGGUCGCUGGUUUGGAAGCUCUGAAACGAAGUGAAAGGAUAAAUCAGUGCAGCGCUGUCGGGCGCAGACGCGCCAGCUGCCUAAAGAAAUCCGAGGCUCUCUGUGUGCGGCUGUGUGAUUGUGAGUGUGUGUAUACACACAGGCAUAUUGGAAAGGCCUGCAAGCCAGAUCCUUGGAAACCUAUAAUCCUGGUGGGUUUCUAGUGUGCUAGAAUGGAAGUGGAUGAAGGGAGGGUGGUUUCUUAAAGUGGAGAAAAGGAUCGAGGAACAUGAAAUAUUCCUGUGUGGAUGAAAGAGGAACACCUUUAGAUAUUGAUAUACAGUAUUGCCUGUGGAAAGAGGCAGGGCAACAGGUGGAUUAAUUUGUGCCCGUAACUGGAGACUUCCAAGGUCCUUCAAAAGGAAGUUGCUGCCUUUAAGGCAGGUGUGGCACAGCUGUGGCUUCCAGAUGUGGCUGGACUCCAACUCCCAUCAGUCCUGGCCAGCAUAGCCAAUGGCCAGGGAUGAGAGGAGUUGUGUUCUAGCAGUCUCUAGGCAGGACUGCAGCUUCUCCACCUUUAAGAAUACCAAUGAUAAAAAAAUAUUAUGACCCUAUUCACUCCAUUAUACAAAGUGAGACUUGCCUGUGUGAGUAAACAUGCAUAUGAUCUGCCAUGCACAAGUCUUUUUCCUGGUUGCAAAGGAUUGGUUCUGUGUCUUUUGAAGAAGGAAGGGCAGGAUUGGUAGCUUAGAGGGAGAGAAAUGCUGAAAUUGAAGGUGUAGGAUAUGGGAGCAGCAUGAAGUGCUUUGCAGGGUGAUGGGUUUGAUGCUGUGUGGAUGAAAUGGCCCGUGGCUUCUGCCAGCAAAGUCCCUAAUCAGUUUGUUAACCAUCAAGGUGUUUGUGAGAUUCUUUGCUGUUUCUUGCUACCCUCACCCUUUUAAAUACUGUAUUCCAGAUGAUGUGAGAAAGUGUUAUGGUGUGGUAUUUUUUCCGGUGUUUUGCAGUAUCUCUACUCUUCUGUUUAGCCUUGGCCUAUGGAGAGUCUAUCCCUGCAGCAGGCAACCGAGGAUAGGUGUGUGUUUGGCUAUGCCGUGAACAAAACAUGUUGAUCUGAUGUUCUGAACUGCUGCCAGAGCUAUUUAAAAAAGAAAGAACAGGGACAGGGAGGUGGGAGGUGGGAGGAGGGCAACUAAACAGCAGCUUUGUGAUCUGAACAUUUCCUCCAACCCUGGUCUUGUUUUGUGGCACCUGUCAAUCUACCAUCCUGUUGGCAAGGGGACAGGAGACCCAAAGGGAAAUAUUAAUUGGAUAAGCACAAAGAAGAGCUGUUUCAGGACUCUUGUGUCCUACCCAUCCCGGAUGUGCUUUUUACAGCAAUAAAUAGAAUACAUUGUACGUGAUCAGGAGUCGCAUGUAGGAAUUAUCACCUAGUGUGGUGUUUCCUGAAGGGUUUUAUUUUGAAAGGAGACUGACUUGCAUGAAAGGAAUGAAUGAAUGGUCGUUUUAGAAAGAGAGGGGAUGUGAAUGCAGGGAGAAAAGCACACUGCAUCUAGAUUUUUCUUGAGCCUGACCUGUGAGAUCAGGCUUAGUUACUUGAAAUGCGCAACUGUCACAGCAUCUUUCUGUUGUAGCUACAAAUAAAGCAGCAUGGAAAACAUGUGAUAACCCGAAUCUCUCCAAGUCUUGGUUCUGAUCAACUGGUCAGCCUAGAUGAUGGAGGCAGGCAAAUUGUCAACCGAUAUUAUGUACAAAUGCAUUUUAUUUGUGUGUUCUUGCCAUGCAGCCAGUAAUUCCAUACAGACUUAAAGAUGGUUCAGAUAGGCUAGCUUAAACGACAGUCUGCAAACUAUCCUCAAGUUCAUAAGGUUAAGACAGUAGCUGGGCAGGUAAAGGAGUUCAAAUCACAGAAGAAAACAUUCUAGAUCCUGCCUCAGAUUAGGAAUGUUAUGUGGGGGGAGUUUGGUAAAGAAGUCAAGACUGGUUACUGGAUGCGUUACUUCAGCAGCUGUGAAGCAGUUCUCCAGAAACGGAAAGCUAUUUAUAUGCCUUACCAAUAUUACUAUUCUCCCCCCUCCCCUGAACGAUGAAUCAUUAAGCCUUUCUUACCAUGCACUGGAAAUAGUUACUUCACCCCCCACUUGUCAAAAUUCAUGCAUGCUUGUAGGGGUUCUUGUUGGCUCAGCACAUUUUAAUGAAUUUUUUUCUGGAUCGUUCCCAUCAAAACUUACCUCAGUUACUUGCACUUAUUAUAGCAUAUUAUAUUUAAAUUGCUCUUUUUACUAGUGCUUUGUGCUCUCUUGGGUGUUUCUGUUCUACUUGGGGCAGCCUUUCACUUUCCAUGAGAUGCCAAGUUACUGGGGAAGACAACGUUUUAUUUUAGUGUUGACAUCAGUUUUUGCCCAUAGCAAGAUAGCAAGGCUCAAGGGAGGUUCAAGACAAAAUUACUGUACUGUGCUUGCGCAGCACAAUCCUGUGCAAAUUUACUUGGAAGUAAGUCAUGCUGUGUUCAAUGGGACUUAUUCCCAAGUAAGUGUUUCUUGCAGAGAUCGGGAACCUGUGACCCUCCCAGGUGUUGUUGGACUCAAACCCCCAUCAACACCUGCCAACAUGGCCAAUGGUCAGGGAUGAUGGGGACUGUAGUUCCAACCUUGCAUGACUGUGUUCACAACAUGCAGGGAUGCAGAUUUUGUAUCCCUGCUUUAGAUCAUUGCUGCCUUAAUGUAUGACAGUGCAGCAGCGGCAGCAAGCGAUGCAACAGCUGAGUUGUGUGUGUGUGUGUGCUUCCUAUUGCAUUAUCUUGCACUUGAAACUAGCAGAGAAUAGGGGAGUUGAUUAUUGUCAAAAGUUUUAGCGUACAAUCAGAUCUUCAUAAAGCUACAAAGGAUCAGUGGCCUAUUUUGCAGCUGAUUCAUAUUCAUGGAAGUAACAGCAGUUGGAUAGCUGAAAGAGCAUUUUGAACAGUGUCUCCUCGCACAACCUUACAGCAUCUCCUUCCCUGGUUUGAUUGCAUUUGGGAUUUAAAAUAUGACACCCAAGCAGAGAACGGAAGCAUUUGGAGCACAGAAGACUUGUAUUUUCUUCCUUUGCAUGGUGUGCAUCCAGACACAGAUAUAUGUAUAUAAAAUUUGUGGUGUUUCAGUUCUAUAUCGGCUGAAGAAGCUAUGACAAAGCUAAUGUAUGAGGCAUACUCUGGAGAGUCCAGGGAAGAGUCUAGUCAUAUUUUAAUCUGUUUUGGUACAGCUCAUUAGGCAUUGCAAAAUUUUCUGCAAGACCCUGAUAGGUGUUGUUUUAAACUGUCCACUCAUGGGCAGUAGGCCUCUAAAAUUAGAAUCUCUCCCUAAGCAGAAGCUCAUAUGCGGGAGGGCAGAUGGGAUGCUGGAUAAAUGUUACAAUUCUACUUAAGAACUACCUCUUUUGCAGAAGUUAAUAUGUGCUUCUCUCUCCUGGGGAGGACGACAGAGUGAUCAGCUGUUCACUCAAGGGGUGUCAGAACUUUGACACGAUGGGUGAGUGAAUAUGAUAGUGGUAGCUCUAUCUUGAUUUCCAGGCUUCUUAUUGGUGUUAGACAGACGGUUCUCUUUCUCCCCCCAUCGUUUUAAUUUUCUUUUCUUUUCUGUUAUACAGUGUGCUGACAGAAUGAUGCAUGGAUGAGCCAGGAGCCAUACCAUUGCUCUGUAGUAUCGUUUUGGAUUGCAUUCUGCUGUCACUCUUACCGUUUGUUAUCUUAGUGCUGUGGUUUUUUUCCAAGAUGCUCUGCUUGUUUUCCAUGCAACUUUGCUAAGAGCUGUCAAAAUGAAAGAAAAGAUGAAGCAAAUCAACUGACCUGCUCUGCGAGGACGGUGCUAUGGCAGCUGCACUAAGGCCCUAAGGUGUAAAAUGUUUUGUUUUGAUGCUCCGUGCUUUCGUGAGCAGCGCUAUAUAGCAAACAUUAGCGUAGCUGCAGAAGCAUUUAUGGUCUGUUCCUAUGGUGAUUUGUGCCAACAAACACCUUCGAGUAGGUAUUCAACAUAGCCUAAUCUGCGUGUUGCCUGAAUAGUAUGGAUGCUGUCUAGCCAUGGUUGAUGCUCCUUUACAGUAUAUAUAGUCAUGGGCGUAGCCUAUGGUUACCAGAUGUCGCUGUUUCCCAGGGACAGUCCCCGGAUUUACAAAUCUGUCCCCGUACAAAAUCCGUCCCCGGAUUUCAUUUAAUGUCCCUGGAUUUAUAUUUUAAGUGUUGUAGAUUUAUCAGUAGGGAAUGAAUGUUGUGUGAUUGGUUCAACGGCACAAGACACAUCAUAGGGACUUCCGGUGAGGCAAAAUGGUGGGUGCCACAGCAGCGGGCCGCUCCUGAAGCCAGCCAGAGCCAACUGUGCUUCCAGUCUGGCUCCGGGCUGCUGAGAUUGCCGCUGCUGAGAGGGAACCAGGGAUGCCCGGCGCAUCAACAGGGGGAACCGCUGACACCCCCCCACGACCCAAAUUGAGCCAGGAGUAAGAGCGCCCAGCCGACUGUCCAGUGGUGCUCUGGGGCCAGUAAAAGCCCUGGAGCCGAUGCAGGGAGAAGGAGGAGAGGAGAAGGAGAAGGAGAAGGAGAAGGAAGAGAGAGAAAGAGGAAGGAGAGAAAAGAGGGGAGCCCUGAGCUUGCUGCACCGCUGCUGCCAUUGAGGAGGAGAGGUAAGAGAGCACCAGGAGGGCAAGGACAUGUGGCCGAGCCCAGGCUCGACCCAAGCCUACUCCACGGUGGCUAACGCUCCAAGAGAGCAGGCUAGGGCCCAGUGGAAGGCCACGCGAAGAGACCACAGAAGAGAAGUUAUUACUUCUUUUAAAAUUAAAUAAAUAUUUUUUAAAUAACUUUCCCCCCCUCUUUUCAAAAAGAAAGUGUCCCCAGAUUCUUUGAUAAAAGUCUGGUAACCUUAGUGUAGCCAGGAUUUUUGUUGGGGGGUGGAGCAGGACUUGGUUGGGGAGGCAGGACUUUUGGGGGGGGAGGGGGCACAGAAACGAUGUGAUUUGUCAGUUAGUUAAGUAAUUCUAUUAUUUUACUUGAUCUAGGGAGGGCAGCUUCCCCCUUGCCCCCUCCCAGCUACACUCAUGUAUAUAAUAGUCAUGUCAGUGCUGCCAGUCACCAUUGGCUAGGCAGGGCCUAUGGCUGUGGAAACCUCCUGUGUGAUCCGUCCCUCACCUUUGCAGAGCAUUAUGGGAUGCAACCACAGAGCAGUCACAUGGCUCUCUGGGAAGCCUGUGAAUUCGUCCUAUGAUGCCACACCAGUGCUGGAGAGAUGUCGCUCAAGAGCUGUAGACAGCGAUAUUAACGAUUGAGGUGCCCAGGGUACCAGUGUUCCUUCUUUUAGAGAAGGUCAAGUAAGAAGUGAGGCAAGCUGUACCUUGGCUGUGGCUAUGGUUGUCCAUCAGUCAACCGGUAUUUGUGCUCUUGCACAGCUGAGGAUCUUGCAAGUAGUGGACUGUAUCCACAUUUAUUCACAAGUGUAUGUCUCCAUGUCUCUUUUCACUCAGCUCUAAAAUAAAAACCACCCGUCAAGAUUCUAGCGCAGAGAGAGGAUUUCCUGCAGUACCUUUGUGCCCAGGUGGAAUACUAUCUGCUUCUAGAUAAGUUCUCACACCCCUGUAGCUAAGCAAACCCUGAGAACGCAUGAGAUCACCCAUAAAGAAUGUACGUCUAUAUUUUUUGGAGGUCCUGUCAGGUGUUAUUCUGUCCAUGAAUAUGAAUCAAGUUACGUGAGAGAAAUGACUAUAUAGUAAAUUGUCAAACAAUAUUUAUAAGAAAAUAUGGUAUGAAAGCAUGGAACACAUGCAAAAAUGCAAUAGUGGUAGCUGUAAUAAGCAAAAAACAAAAUAAGACAGCUUUCUAAGGAUCCUUGAGGAUCAUACUUAAAUGAUCUCCCUCAGCUUGUCCCAAAGGAGGAGGAAAAGGCAGCCAUAAUAAUGUAAGGGACUGAGAUGUCAUAAGCCUUCCCAGAUCUUCUUCUCUAAACUGGCUCUAAUAUUUACACCCUUUAAACUCUCAUAGGUCAGCAAUAAUCCCCAAUAAAAAAAUAAUAAUGGGGGGGGUGUCAUUGCUCUUAUGCACCAUAUAUUUAAAGCACUAUUACACCACUUUGGGCUUCCCCCAAAGAAUCCUGGGAACUAUAGUUUCCCCCCAAGGGGCUGAGAGUUGUAAGGAGAUCCCAAUUACCCUCACAGAGCUCUACAAUUCCCAGAGUUGUUAAACCAAUCUGGGAACUGUAGUGUUGUGAGAGGCAUCCUAAGUAUAUAUAAAGCCUAAGGGUAGACAGAGGUGGCAUGUAAAAUAGCAGCACAUUUUAAAGAGUGCUCUCAUCUGCUUCCCUUUCUAUUGCGCUCAUAGAGUGUGGACAGUGAAAAACCACCAAAGGAAUAGAAAUAGACACAGGGGUGUUUGAGCCAUUGAGAGAGAAUGGAGAAUAUGAGACCAUUAUUUACAUUUAUCAUUCCCUUCCUCCACCUCUGUUUUGAGCCCUUCUAGAGUUACUGAUCACUGUUGUAUUCUAAAAGAGAGGAAUUUCACACUAUUUGUUUUUGGGUGUGUACAGAUGGUAGAAGGAUGAACUAAAGUGAAAUUGUCCAGAAAGGAAGGAGAACAUAACCAAUUCUAUAGGAAUGAAGUGGCACUUUCUGGCUGUGUUCUGAAGUAAAAGUUUACUGGAAGAAACUCAAGGAAGCGAUAAUGAAAUUGGGGGCUUAGCAUAAGAUCCUCCUCAUUCUGUUGGCAUAGCAUGCAAAUUUUGGAAAAUCAUAAUGAGACAGAACUCAUCUGUUUAUGGGAACAGCAAAUGUUAAAAGAAUUAGAGGAUAAAGAAAUUUCUAUUAAAGAGGUUAUUUGACUACACCGUCACGUACAAAUUAGCUAAUUUAUAUAUGAGUUAAAGGGAAGAUAUGGAAAGGAGACAUGUGAGAGUAGCUGGUUAUUUAUUAUUUGUGCCAUCAGUACUUUAUACGACUUUAGAUUAUUGUGAACAUAGUUUUGAUUUUUAAAGACGACAAAAAAAGUGCCACAAGGAUUAUAGUGUGCAAGGAGAUAACCAAUCUUGGCAAGUACUCAAAACAACACAAAUUAAAGUGACAACUAUGAGCUGUUUCAUACAUGCACUUUCAUCAUUUGAUGGCUUAGGAUCUAAUGAUGUGCAUCUGUGAAUGAUCCAUCACAGAUCAAAACACUAGAGAGAGAGACUCUUCAUAGCAUGUCACAUUGACUCAAUUACAACGCUUUUUCGGUGGAGUUGGUUCAUCUAUCUGUGAGCUAUUCAGUAAUUAACUGAUAUGCAGGCAUGUGUGAAUUACACUGAUAUGUGGCAUCAAGGCUAUGCAAACAUUUCAGCAAACGAUCAGCUUCACACUUCUAGGCACUGCAUGUGAUCACUCCCUUGGGAAUGCUCCCAGCCUAACUUGGAAUCUCGAUUUGCAAGUCUAUAGUAGCAGUUUUCAAACUUUCCACCUUCAAGGAAUGCUUUUCCUGCUUGCCUGCCAUGGGACUCCUGUAUAUAUUGCAGAGGAUUCUUGGAUGAGCACUAGGUCUUGGAAAAGUGGUCUUCCGAACCUUAGCAUGACACUUGUGCAAUUACAUUGUGUUUAAUGGGACUUUGUUGUGGUUGUUUAGUCGUAUCCGACUCUUCAUGACACCAUGGACCAGAGCACACCAGGCACUCCUGUCUUCCACUGCCUCCCACAGUUUCGUCAAACUCAUGCUGGUAGCUUCGAGAACACUGUCCAACCAUCUCAUCCUCUGUCAUCCCCUUCUCCUUGUGCCCUCAAUCUUUCCCAACAUUGGGGUCUUUUCCAGGGAGUCUUCUCGUCUCAUGAGGUGGCCAAAGCAUUGGAGCCUCAGCUUCAGGAUCUGUCCUUCCAGUGAGCACUCAGGGUUAAUUUCCUUCAGAAUGGAUAGGUUUGAUCUUCUUGCAGUCCACGGGACUCUCAAGAGUCUCCUUCAGCACCACAAUUACAUUGUGUUUAAUGGAACUUACACCCCAGUAAAUAUGGAUUGGGAGGCUGCUAUGGGGGCUUCAUUUGUUCCCUUGUAUUCUGGCAUCUUCAGCUGCUUUCUUGACAACCGAUUUCAUGCUGAUUCAUUGGGAGGUAGCGUACAUAUGUGAACUUGCAGAAACCAAACCCAGCUCUCUAGAAAGAACAUACGGUUGCAUGCAUCACUGAGUUUUAAUCUGUUCUUUCAAUGCUUGCUAAGCACGUGCCAGACACAGUGGAAAGUAGGGGGAUCUUUUCCAUGUUCCUAGAGUCCUGACAGUGUUCCUGCACAAUUUGCUAACCAGUCUGCUGCCAUUAAAUGUUGGUGCUCAGUGGGAUGAAAACGCAUAAUGCUUACCUCCUGGUGCCUUCCGAGACCAAACCCAGACUUGUUUAAGACUACCACCGGGAAGACAUCUGCGACACUAUCGUCUCGUUCUGCAUGUGCUUUUAUGCUUAUGAGCUGCUUGAUUUGAUGCUCCUUCUUGGGUCUACAUUGAGAUGAGCUAGAAAUAAUGCAGAAUAGCUCAGAAGGAAAUCCUAUUGAAUUCAGUGGGACUUUCCAUUAAGUGUGUGUUGGUUUGCAGCCAAAGUCUGUUCUUAAUAAUAAUAAUAAUAAUAAAUAAUUAAUAAUUUAUACCCCGCCCACCUGGCUGGGUUUCCUCAGCCACUCUGGGCAGCUCCCAACAGAAUAAAAAAGCGAUAAAAUAUCAAACAUUGAAAACUUCCCUAAACAAGGCUGCCUUCUGAUGCCUUCUAAAAGUCAGGUAGUUGUUUAUUUCCUUGACAUCUGAAGCUUACACUCUGAGUCUUCACCUACUCUGGAGUUUUGUGAAUACUAAUACUAAUCAUAAGUAAAUUUUUUAAAGUAGUGUUUCUCUGCUGGUGGGUUCUAUUCUGCAAAUUGCUGUGCAAGAGCUGGUGAAAAACUUUGCACAACUUGAACAGAAAACAAGCAAGAUUCUCUAGAUGUGUGCAAGAGAUUGUGUGACAAUUUACAGACCCUCCAAGUGUCUGUAUUUUCCAGGGACAUCCCUGAUUUAGAGAAGCCGUCCCAGUUUCUGAUUUGAUCCCGGAAUGUCCCACUUUUCCUUAGGGUGUCCCUAUUUUCAUUGGAUAAAUGUUGCAGGGUAUGGAAUUAUCCAACUCCCAAGCUGUCAGAAGGCAAUUCUGUAUAGGGAAGUGUUUUUUUUAAUGUUUAAUGUUUUGUUAUGUUUUUAAAUAUGUUGGAAGCUGCCCAGAGUGGCUGGGUGUGAUGCAUAAAUAGCAAAAUUAUCAUUAUGGAAUGGGACAUCCCUAUUGUCAUCGGAGAAAUGUUGGAGGGGAUGAACUUAUACAAAGCAGUUCUCCCAUUUUCCCUCCUUCUUUUGUAGCUGUAAAGAACUUAUACUAAGUUAGGGCUUUCUACUUGCGAAAGAGUAGAUUCACUCGCGGAAGGGUCCAUUUGGAGACAACCCAGCAGUUCCAACCGUCUUUGUUGAGGUAAUGCUUGACUUAACAGUUUCUUGAAAUGUGUACAUAUGCAAAUGUGACGGCAGAAGGUUGGAGACAGCAGUGUUCCUUUGCUCCCAGUGAGCCUGUGGCAACACUGAUGCCCAACAGGGGAGUGUUCACUGUUGCAAAGUUCUGGCCAUGUGUUUCUGUGAAAAUGGUCUGUAUCACCCUGCGCUAUGUCAAACUAAGGUAAUUUGACAUGAUUAAGUGUGUGUGCUUUCCCCCUCUUUUGCAGUGUCCAUAUGCUCAUUUUAAGUUCUGGCAUUGCAAUUGUGUGCUUGAGCACUCUAAUUAUUUUUUUCCUGCAAAGGUCAGCAUGUUAGCACUCUCAAUUGCCUUUCCCCCUGCUAAAGUAGAGAUGAAACCUGCAAUAAGCAUAGAUGAAGCAGGCGGCUGCCUCGCACACUGAGAAAUUGAGGACAUUCUUGCCUUUUUUGCUUUGCCGUAAUAUUUUCUCUGAGGUUGAAAUUCCUUGUUUCAGGGAAACAGUGGUGGUGCACUGAGUCUUGGGACCUCCAAAGCAGUGAGUGUAACCUGUAGUCGCAUUUUCAUAUAGCCAUGGCAUGUUGCUCCACUGCAGACAACGACCAACCCCUUCCUUGUCACAACUUUGCUGUGGGGCCGGCUAGUUUUGAUUCUGUUUUUCUUCAAUAGGAAAUGAAAUAUACUUGGAGUCAAGUGUGAAAGCUCAGUACAUAACAAGAAACUUAUCCAGUGGAACAGGAGACCAUCUAACUAGCAUGCAACAUCUUGAAAAUCUAGCUGAGUGCACACUGGAACGCGUAAGAAUUUAG